AUGGAUAUGGAUGAAGUGAUAAUAUUAUGUGCCAUUUGCGGCGAUACAGCAGUCGGCAAACACUUCGGAGUUAUGGCCUGUAAAUCAUGUAAACCAUUCUUUAGGAGAAAUGCCCUCAAAGAUAAUGUUUUCAAAUGUAAACUCAAUGGUAAAUGUGUUAUAAAUCGUGAAACAAGAAAAUUGUGCCGAAAAUGUCGAUUAGACAAGUGUCUGGCCGUUGGCAUGAAAACAGAAUGUAUUAUGAAUGACGAGGAAAAACAAUACAGAAAUCAAUUGAUUCAACAAAAUAGACAAAAGAGACAACAAUUACAUCAAAAUCACAACAAAACUAAUUUUAAUAAUAUUUUAGAAGAAAUAGAUUUACAAAACAUUACGAAUAUUGAGAUGAAUGACAAGUCUAUGGAUGACAUUAUCUUCUCGCCGACAUUGGAUGACAAUAAAUGUAUGAAUGAAUUGUCGGAUAUUAUAUGCAAUGAAGAGACAGAUGAAGACGUGUCUAACAAUUAUACAAAUGACUUAAUCGUAUCAAACUUGUCGUCAGUUUUCACCGAAAGGGAAAAUAAGAGAUAUUUAGAGCUAUUCCGGGCGUCGAGAUAUGCUUACCAUAAUGUUAUGAACAAAUCGACGGCAAUAAUACAUAAUUCAAUUGAUAUGAAUUCAAUUACUGACCAGUUUUACAACAGAGAGAUCGGAGAAGUGAUAAAACUGUCCAACAGUUUGGGUCCGUUUCAAGAGAUGUGCGCUAACGACAGGUUAGCACUCGUGAAGUACGGCUGUCUUGAUAUCAUUAUAUUAAGAUGUAUAGAAUAUUAUGAUUUACCUCAACAACAGUGGACUGUAGUUCUGGAUGAAAACAACUCGUUGUUAAUAUCGUUGGAAAUGUUUGCUAAUAAUAACAUGGAUUUGUAUAACGCAUAUAAAACUCAUUUCCAUAGGGCUUGUGCUGAAUGCGAUUCCGAUGCCGUUGUCUUGGAUUUGCCAACAUUUGUAUUGCAUUUACAGUUGACUGCAAUCAUACUCUUCAGUCCCGACCGACAGAAUCUAAUGCAUAGAAAUGUUGUUAAAAGAAAGCGUGUCAUGAAUGAUGACAUUCUGGGAUUCAUAUUAAAAGAUUUGAAUAUCAAUGACUUGUUUGCAUUACAACGAGUGUCACAACAGUUCAACGACUGCUCACAAGAAGCGCUUCGGAGAAGAAGUAAAGUCAGCGUUGGAUUCAAUGAUGUGAAGGCGAGUUCAAUGAUAAGAUGUUUUAAUUGGAGUUUUGAAGUGAAUGAUUGGCAUCUCAUUGAUAUCACACAAGCGAUCAACACAUCACUGAAAGGCAUUGAUAUGGCUUUGGGUAAAGAAUAUAGACUCGAAUCUAUUGUCCGUCAAUUUCGUGGAGUAAAAGAAUUAUAUCUGUUUACAACUGUAAUCAGUUUCAAGACAUUAGAGCUGAUUGUCAAUCAGUGGCCACAUCUCAAGAAAAUCCGCAUUUAUAACAUCGAAGUCUUGGACUCCAAUCAGACAAUCACCGAAUGGGCACAACUUCUAUCAAAAGUCAAAUACAUAUCCAUUGGAAGUAUUGAUACAAAAUAUGUGUCAAUUUUGACAAAUAUUAUUCAAAGAAUGCCAUCAUUGGUUGAUCUCAGGGUUUGGGGCUAUAAACCAAACAUAUCGGACCAAAAGAUUACACUAUCAUUACUGACUGAUUCUAUGCCGGAAGACUUGCGACUCCUAUACAUCGGCGUCACUUCAGCGGACAGUCAGGCCAUUGAUGUGAUCACAAGUAAAUGCACACAAAUAAAGAAACUAUUCAUUUAUGAAUCGUGCCUACAAUCACAUCCUGUAGAUAUUGAUCUCUGGAACCAAUGGUUUGCAUUGAUCUGCGAUCGACUCAAAUGUUUGAUAAGAUUUAACACUCGUUUGGGAGGAAUUUCUGCCAAGAAUUUUGCUCAAAGUAUAGCAAAACUCAAAGAGUUAAAAGUGCUGGAAAUCACUGACAAGUCAUAUGAAUGGAUCCAAUGUAUGUGUUUCGACACUCAAGAGAUGGCCAAAUAUAUGCAACCAAUGGUAUCGUUGAAAGAACUAUCGCUGGACGGACUUAAGUGUUCACCGAAUCGGUGGUCAAAUUUGUCCCAAAUGUUGCCAAAUGUGCGCAAAUUCAGUAUCAGUAACAUUAGUUAUGACACCGACUGCAAGGAUAAUGCUCCAAAGAAUAGCCACUCACCACAUAUUCUUGAACUCUUCACUCGUGUCGAUCGGCUAAGUAUUCAUUUUGUUGACGAAGAACUGAUCCAAGUGUUGAUCACUUUUCUGACCGAAACACUGGCCAAUAGGCGGCGAGUAUUCAGAUUGGAUUUGUUGCCAAUCGUGAAGAGACAACUGAUCCAAAAGAUGGAAGAAAUGAAUGUCUCAAUGCCUGAGAGUGUGAUUACAAGCCAUGUCUUCAACAGACGAGAGGAAUACGAAAGUGGUGAAGAAAUCAAACGCAAAGACAUGAAUGAAAUGAAUGGCCAGAGAAGUGAUGUCAUGAAUGAUGACAUUCUGGGCCUUAUAUUCAAGUAUUUCGAUAUCAAAGACUUGUUUGGUUUGCAACGAGUGUCACAACAGUUCAGGGAUUGUUCACAAGAAGUACUCAAAAGGAAGAGAGAAAUGAGCGUUGGAUUCAAUGAUCUGAAGACCGGGUCUGUGAUAAGAAAUUUUAAACAAAACUUUGAGGUCAAAGACUGGAAUCGCUUAGACAUAACACCAGCGAUCACUUCCAAAGACAUUGAUCUCACAUUGGAUUACAGCAGAAAACACACUAUUGAUCGCAGACUCGAGACAAUUGUCCGCCAAUUCUGUGGCGCAACGGAGUUAUAUCUGUCUUCAACUGUAAUCACUUUUAAGACAAUGCAGUUGUUUGUCAAUCAGUGGCCACAACUCGAGAGUAUAAAUAUCUAUGACAUUAAGAUCUAUGGCUCGAGUGAUCAGACAAUCACCGAAUGGAUAGAACUUCUGUCAAAAGUAAAACAACUAAAGAUCGGAAGUAUUGACACAAAAUACGUGCCGUCUCUGAAAUAUAUGAUCAAAAAUCUACCAUCACUUCAAACAUUAAAUGUAGGGCCGGAAGCGUUCAGUCAAAACAUCACACUAUCAAUACUCACCGAUUGCUUACCCGAAAACAUACGAUACCUACACAUCGGUGUGUCAUCGAUGGACAGUCAGGCCAUCGAUGUUAUCACAAGUAAAUGCCAACAAAUACGUAAAUUAUCUAUUUGUGAUAAUCCGGAACAAAUCGUCGACAGUGAUCUCUGGAGCCAAUGGUUUGCAAUGAUUUGCGAUCGACUCAAACAGUUGACGCAUUUGAAAGUCAUUUUGGGAGACAUUUCCGCCAAAGAUUUUGCCCAAAGUAUCGCAAAACUCAAAGACUUAAAGAAACUGGAAAUUAGUGACAGCGAAGGGAUGCCGGGAAUGUGUUUCGACACACAAGAGUUGGCCAAAUAUAUGCCGCCAAUGGUGUCGUUGCGGUCGUUAUCACUGUAUGGACUGAAGUGUUCGCCGAAUCGGUGGUCAAAUGUGGCCCAAAUGUUACCAAACGUACGCCAUCUGAGUCUCAGUUUCAUGGAUUGGAGUAUGGAUUGCAACGAAGGAGACGAUUGUAAAGAGUGUUUCCAUCGGUGUAUGGAUUUAGUGUCAAAAGUGCCGAAAUUGAAAUACAUUUCUUUAACUGCACUUAUAUUCUUCAGUCCCGACCGACAGAAUCUAAUGCAUAGAAAUGUUGUUAAAAGAAAGCGUGUCAUGAAUGAUGACAUUCUGGGAUUCAUAUUAAAAGACUUGGAUCUCAAAGACUUGUUUUCAUUACAACGAGUGUCACAACAAUUCAGCCGUUGUUCACAACAAGAAUUUCUGAGAAAAAGUAAAGUAAGCGUUGGAUUCAAUGCUCUGAAGACGAGCUCAGAGUUAAGAUAUUUCAAUCGCAACUUUGAAGUGAAUGAUUGGCAUCGCAUAGACAUCACACAUGCGAUCACCACAUCAUUGAAAGGCAUUGAUAUGGCUUUGGGUAAAGAACAUAGACUCGAGUCUAUUGUCCGCCAAUUCCUUGGAGUAAAGGACUUAUAUCUGUCGACAACUGUAAUCAGUUUCAAGACAUUAGAAGUGAUGGUCAAUCAAUGGCCACAUCUCAAGAAACUUCUCAUUUAUGACAUCGAAGUAUUUGACUCCAAUGACCAGAAAAUACCCGAAUGGGCACAACUCCUAUCAAAAGUGAAACACAUAUCAAUCGGAAGUAUUGAUACAAAAUAUGUGUCAUUUUGGACAAACAUUAUUCAAAGAAUGUCUUCAUUGGUUGGUCUCAGUGUGUGGGGCGACAAACCAAACAUAUCGGACCAAAACAUCACACUAUCACUAUUGACAGAUUGUUUGCCGACAAACUUGCAAUUUCUACGCAUUGGCGUGUCUUCAACGGACAGUCAGGCCAUUGAUGUGAUCACAAGUAAAUGCCCGCAAAUAAAGAAACUAGCUAUUUAUGAGUCGUCAGUAAAAUCAAGUCCUGUAGAGAUGGAUCUCUGGAACCAAUGGUUUGCAUUAAUCUGCGAUCGACUCAAGUGUUUGACAUAUUUGUUCACUCGUUUGGGAGGCAUUUCCGCCAAAGAUUUUGCCCAAAGUAUAGCAAAACUUAAAGACUUAAAAGUGCUGUACAUUAACGAAAGUUCCAAUGAAUGGAUCCAAAGUAUGUGUUUCGACACCCAAUCGAUGGCCAAAUAUAUGCCGCCAAUGGUGUCGUUGAAGACACUAUCGCUUUCGGGAUUCAAGUGUUCACCGAAUCGGUGGUCAAAUUUGGCUCAAAUGUUUCCAAAUGUGCGCACAUUUAGUGUCGAUAACAUGUGUUAUGAGAACGAUUGCAAUGACGGAUAUUAUUGUAGCAUCUCAUGGCAUAUACUGGAACUCUUUGCUGGUGUCGAUCGGCUAAGUAUUGAUAGGGAAGUAAAUGAAGAUCUGAUGGAAGUAUUGAUCCAUUUUCUGACCGAAACACUGGCCAAUAGGCGACAAGUAUUCCGAUUGGAUUUAUUGCCUAAAGUUAAGAGACAACUGAUCCAAAGAAUGGCGACAAUGAAUAUCCCAAUUCCUAAGAUUUUGAUUAGAAGUGAUGUCAUGAAUGAUGACAUUCUGGGCCUUAUAUUCAAGUAUUUAGAUAUCAAAGACUUGUUUGGUUUGCAACGAGUGUCACAACAAUUCAGGGAUUGUUCACAACAAGUGCUUCAGAGAAGACGUAAAGUAAGCUUUGGAUUCAAUGAUCUGAAGGCGAGUUCACUGUCAAGAUGUUUAAACUAUAAUUUUGAAGUGAAUGAUUGGCAUCGCAUAGACAUCACACAAGCAGUCAACACAUCACUGAAAGGCAUUGAUAUGGCUUUGGGUAUAGAAUAUAGACUCGAGUCUAUUGUCCGACAAUUCCGUGGAGUAAAGGACUUAUAUCUGUCGACAACUGUAAUCAGUUUCAAGACAUUAAAGCUGAUCGUCAAUCAGUGCCCACACCUUAAGAAACUCCGGAUUCAUACGAUCGAUGUCCACACAACACAAUCCAAUGACCACACAAUCACCGAAUGGGCACAACUCCUGUCAAAAAUCAAACACAUAUUCAUUGGAAAUUAUUUGCCGACAAACAUGAGAUACCUAUACAUCGGCGCCACAUCAGUGGAUAGUCAGGCCAUCGAUGUUAUCACAGGUAAAUGCCAGCAAAUAAGGAAACUAACCAUUUUUGGGUCCGUACACAUCAAUCCGGUAGAGAAUAAUCUCUGGAAACAAUGGUUUGUUAUGAUAUGCGAUCGACUCAAAACCGAUCCCAAGAAUGUAUUUCGACACUCAAGAGAUGGCCAAAUAUAUGCGGCCAAUGGUAUCGUUGAAGACACUAUCGCUUUCGGGACUAAAGUGUUCACCAAAUCGGUGGUCAAAUUUGGCUCAAAUGUUGCCAAAUGUUCGUAA